CUCCACCUCUUGCGGCUGAGCCGCGUCGCUCUAGCGUCAGGUCAUUCGAACAGAGGGAGGGAGUUGUGAACCCCCCUCCCCGUUUGCCGCCAUGGUACGGCCCAACUCCCGUGGCGACUAAGGGCGAGGGCGGUACCAACUGUGCAGCAAAAGGGGGAGGACAGAAACUCACCCUCUCGGCUGGCAAUAGACCAACCCGCGAUGCGGUCCUCUUAGCUGGAAGGACAGGUCCAUCUCAUGAGAGAGGGAGGGGGACGUUAAAACGUUGGUAAACUCCCCUCUUCUCUCGCUGAUUUCCUCACCUUGACACGUGGGUGUGACGCACGCCAGCAGAUGUGUAACCUUGGUCCACCUGCAGAUAAGCUUAUAUUUCUUCGAUAAAAAAGAGCUCUUUUUCAGGUGAUAAAAAGCAGACUCUGCAGUGUGAAGGAUGGCAGCCCGGCGUGCGCUAAAGGCAGUCCUGGUGGAUCUCAGUGGAACGCUUCAUAUUGAAGACUCGGCUGUUCCAGGGGCCCAGGAAGCUCUUAAAAGGCUCCGCAGUGCUCCGGUUUCCAUCCGGUUUGUGACCAAUACGACAAAGGAGUGCAAGCGAGAUUUGCUGGAGAGGCUGAGGAAACUCGAGUUUGACAUCGAGGAAGACGAGAUCUUCACAUCUCUGACGGCAGCCAGAAAUCUCUUGGAGCAGAAGCAAGUCAGGCCCCUGCUGCUUGUCGAAGACAACGCACUGCACGAUUUCAAAGGGAUCGAUACAAACGAGCCCAAUGCUGUGGUGAUAGGGCUUGCUCCCGACCACUUCAAUUACCAAAUGAUGAACAAAGCAUUUCGACUGAUCCUCGAUGGCGCUCCCCUCAUAGCUAUACACAAAGCCAGGUAUUACCAGAGGAAAGACGGCCUCGCUCUCGGCCCUGGACCUUUCGUCACGGGGCUGGAAUAUGCAGCCGACGUAGAAGCCACCGUGGUGGGGAAGCCCGAGCGGACGUUCUUCCUGGAAGCCUUGCGUGGUACCGGCUGCAUGCCGGAGGAAGCCGUCAUGAUUGGCGAUGACUGCAGGGAUGACGUGGGAGGUGCACAGAAUGCUGGGAUGCUGGGAAUACUGGUUAAGACUGGGAAAUACCGAGAGAGGGAUGAAGGCAAAAUUACUCCUCCUCCGUACUUAACUUGCGAGAGCUUUCCACAUGCCGUAGACCACAUCCUCCGGAAUCUCCUAUAAAGAAGCCUGCAAGAGUUACACAUCGCGUGCCAAAGGCUGAAACAUCCGACGGCAUCCUCAGCAGAGCCCAAGCAGACUUACUUGGGGGAGCUCUUGCUGGACGGCACCAAGCAGGGAGGAUCACAUUUGUAUGCUCUCCCUGCAAGGGUAGCUUCCUGUGCAUAGGAAUCAGCAUACCACAGAGAAGAGUCGUAGCCUGGCCUUCACCCUGCCUGGCAUGCCAGCUUUCUUGUUUUUUUUCGCGGCAGGGAGAGCUCAAAUAGAUGUCCCCCUCCCCCCCUUGUCUGCUGUCUAGCGUGGCACCUUCCGCACUUUUACAGAAUGCAUAGCUCAGUUAUUCCUGCGACAUGACAUUUGAACGGAAAAGGAGAUAAACGCUAAGCCCACGCCUUGUUAAAAAACAGCGAGGCUUGAGUUGGACUGGCCUCUCUCUUCCCUUCCGCACUGAUGCCACGAACAGGGGGAUUCUUCUCAGGUGAUGUUCCUGAGCUCUGCGUGAUAAGUGUGUGUGUCAACAGUGCCGGUCAGUAACUGAGUUUGCAUGUUUGCCAGAGUCCAAAAGCAGCCAAGGUUUGCUGUUCACCUAAACAAAGUUUUUGAUAAAUCCCAACAUCAGCAACCACAUUUAAACCACUUCAUGGUAACGUGGUUUUUUAUGGUAAACGGUACCAUGAGCUAUCAUUUUACUGGAAGUCUAAAUUGCAAAAUAUUGAGGGAUUUUGUUUAGGUUACUUACCAUGGCUAGCCACUUUCCUCCUCCUGAUCCAAUUAAAUGCAGCCAGGCUGCAUCUUAAUUAGCGAUUCUUAAUUUAAAGCACUCCUACCAUUCAUAAUCAUAUUCAUGGCUGAACUUCUGCUAGCCCAUUAAUAGAGGCCGGGGUUGUUUUUCAAUUUUCAUGUACAAAUUAGAACUACCAGGGCUUUACAGAUGUUUUAAUUAGGUGGGGUUAUUAACAGGAAUGGCUUGGAAACAGAGAUCUGGUCCAUAAUGGCUUCUAUAGACAAUGAAUUUCUGAUGUUAGACUUCAGUGGGGGCCUAUUAAUUUGACAGUUGCAAGGUUUCAUUGGGUUGGUGGAGUCCCCCACCCAUUUCCUAACGGAGAGGGGAAAUCCUAGGGAAACCACGGGGACAAAUUCCCCACUUUUUAUGGGGUUUUGUUAGUACAGCUGUAAAAUGAAAUUGCAAUUUGAAGCAAGUCCCACCCUUGCCGCACAUGUUAACGGCACCAAAAUGAGCUAACUUUUGUAAUGGCAGUAAAUGGCUUUUCUGGACCAUUUGCAAAACUAAGAAUGAAGCCCUUUUUGUUUACUUUA